UAAAACAAGGCCGAGACUUGCGGUGACUCAUUCACAUGCUCGCUCUGCUACGGCACGAAAGCGGCAGCUGCGGCUUCUUUAUCUUCUGAAACUUUUUUUGCGGGGAUUGCAGCUGAACAACAAUGGAUAUUCAGACCGUCUGUCGCCUCUUAUGUUUGGUCCUCGUGGCUGGAACACAUUUAGGCGGAGGGGUAAACGCGGAAAACACCUCCUGUAAAAACAAGGAUUUUUAUAACAAAGAUCUUGGACAGUGUGUACCCUGCUCGACAUGCAUACAGUACCCCAAAACCCCAUCCUGUGAUACAUGCCCACCCGACGAGCCCCAGGAUACCUGGAGGGUGGCAGCCAUUACCAGUUUUUCAGUGCUGGCAGUCGUGGUUGUUUCUGGAGCUUUGCUCAUAGGAGUUCUAGUACAUCAGUGCAGGUCCAGAAGAACUUUGCGUGAGCCAAUUGAGGAAACUACAGGACCUCUUUAUCCAGUGUAGGCACUUCAUGCGCAAAAGCUGAUGGGACAAAAGACUACAGGACAACCAAGUGAGCUGUUAGUUCAGUCAGUGAACAACUGGCUGAAACAUUGUGUUCUUUGAGUAGCAUGUAACUCUUCUAAUUUAUUAUGUAGGUAGAUCAAGCAUAGAGGUGUUUAAUGCACUCCAGACUAAGAAGACAAACUGUCACCGCAAUCUCAAACGCCGCACUGAGACUUUGUCAUUCACUGAGCGGAAGGUGUGAGCAAACCCAAGGUGCUGUUUGACUAUUAUCCUCUACAUGACAGCGAGUGGAUGCCUUAAAAUGGAUAAAUGGAUUACGUCUAACCUCUGUGCACACGUUCUAGGGUCAUUUCUCUUACAGGCAUUAUUUUUUUAAAUGUUAUAGCAAGGGCCCUUGCUUUUUAUGUUUUUUUUUAAUAUCCCUUUUUAAAAAUAUUUGUGACCCCUAUGCACUUAUGUCCAUACAUGUCAAUUUGUAAAGCUUUC